AUGGAUUAACUCAUUCAGGAUAAAGAUAAAAUUUUGAAAUGCACAAAACAUAAAAAGAAGUAAAUUGAACUGAUUCAAGUAAUUGACACUUAAAACCAGAAUCAAAACCAAUCUUUUUUUUACUGCACGGGCUGCAUUUUCGAAGAUAAGUCUUUUGAUAAUUCUAAUUAUCUGCAAUUAGACGAUAUUGUAGAUGAAGGUCACAAAAGUGUAAUUAAAAGAUGGCCACCUAUAAAUGACUACAAAAUAAUUGAAAAGCUCUCUGAUUUAUGUCUAUGGGGAGAUGCUAAUGUGGGCAUACAAGAAAAAAUAGUAGACUUCUUUGACAAACUGAGAAGGGAAAUUCAUUGCAAGCUAGAAAUUAUGCAAAAGAAAAUGGUUGAUUAGUCACUUGAAAAUACAUUCUCAAAGUAGAAGUUAGUGGAGUAAUAUUAAGAUAUUUCAAACAUCAUUGAUUUAAGGAAUCUGCUUUUAAAUCAGGAAGGUUAGAGUACAGAAAAGGUCUAAGAACGCUAUAAGGCGCUCGUAAGAGAAAUGGAGUAGAAAAAAGAUCAAAGUACUAGUCAUCUUCAGAGUCUUCUUAAUCUUAGCGAAAUAUUAGUGGCAAAUAUUAAUUUUGAGCAUGCUGCUUAAAUGAGGCAAAAAAUAAUGUCUUAAAUAGAUGAAAUUACUUUCUUCAAUCAACACCUUGCUUAAAAUAAUUCUUUAGAAGCUAAUAAUAGCUCUUGUCAGUAAAUAGUAGAUUAAAUCCUAACUUUAGUUUCCAACAAAACAAAUUUUUGCUCUGAUACUUUUUUAUUAUCUUUGAAAGAACAGCUUCAAUAAGCGAAUCCUUUGUUAUUAACAUCUAUUUCUCGCUAAAUAUUCUAAGACAAUAAAUCACCGAUAGAUUUUUAUAGGCUAAACGAAGAGCAGCUAGAAUAAAUAAGAGAGUAUGUUCACCACUCAGUGAAAUUAAUUGAAGACAAAAAUUAUGAAAAUCAAAUUAAAGAUUCAACUUAAAUGAAAAAUUUCACAUCCUUAAUUGCCUCAGAGUUAGAUUUAUUUGACGAUGACUCAAGAUUACAGCUCAAUAAAUUCUUUAUUGAAGUUUUUCCUUUUUUAAAGAAAGUAAAUUUAAACUCAAAAUAUAGCAGCAACAACAUUCAGAACUUCCUGCCUUUAAUUAAUUUCAAGCAAUUAUAUCCUUCCAAUUUAGUUAUCUAGAAGAAUAGGGAUAACUCUUCUACAAUUACGAGUUAAACGAAUGAAUCCGCUUACUACUGCUUUUCAGACCUCAUUUUAGAUGCGAAUAAGAAGUAUGUUUUUAGGUUUUAAGUUAAAAUGAAGAGUCCUAUUAGCUUUGCUUUCAUCGGGUUAACUAGAUUGCAUCCACAAGAAUUAGCGCAUAAUCAUCCUGUUUUAGAUAAUCUCAGUCUCAUUUUAACUUAUGAAAACUCUUUUAUUAAAAAGCAUGCAAAUAGUGGUAUUGACAACCAGUUAAAGGGUUCCAAUUUUCAGUUUAAGUCUAACGAAUUGUUGUUAGAAUUAAGAGUAGACUUAUCAAAUAAAAUUUUACAAAUUUUAGAUUUGCCUAAUAAAGAAACUAUGCUUGCUUUAUCUCAGAAUCUAGAAUCUCUCCUUCUUUUGGAAAAAAAUUUGGUUAUAUAUGUCAGCCUUAGGGGAGAGUAAUCCGAAUGCAAUCUAUUAGAAGCAAAGCAAGUUCAUUAAUUUCUAUGA